UAAAAAUUUUAAUAUUAAAUUUAGUUGUGCACGGUGUCUACAUUUGCUAACACUGCCGAAAAGAUUUCCAAAAUGGGUUCAUAUUUGUAUUUCGCGAUUAUUUUAAACGUCAUACUUUUAGCAAAGGCGGACGUUUUUUCAAACAGGUACUGUCCUGAUAUGAACCCCCAGUAUUACGUUAAUAUUGAACAGUUAAUGGGAAUGUGGUAUGGAGUGGAAGUAAUUUCCCAUAAGCACAAUGAAGAACGAUUAGGAUCCAGGUUUGUCGACUCUUGUCCGAUUAUCCACAUAUCGGAGGAUAACUCGCCGACAGUUCCGCCUUUUUAUGUUGGUCAGCCGAUUUACCCUUAUGACAACAACUACGAGUUGAAUUACGACCAAGGCCGUUAUCCCUCAACCGACUACAACCAAGAUCCCUAUCGAACCACUCACAGUCAACCGUCUCCUUAUGGUCAAAGUAAUCCCUAUGGGCAAGGCGUGCCUUACCAACGUCCAGUAUACUCAGGCACGCAACAAGGAAGACAAUAUAUCGAUGAAUACCAGAGAAGAUACGCUGAAGAUAUCAAAAGGUUAAGGCUACUUUGGGAUGAAAAUGGAAAUUACGUAGAGUACUUCUUGAGGUACAAUAUUUCCAAAUCUGGGUUUUGGAUCAGUUCCGGACCGCACAAUGGUUCUGCUUUAGAGCAACAAUACAACCAAUUUGCCGGCACCGUCCAGAUCAUAAAAGCCGUAGGGAAUCAUUUGGUUUUAACAUUUUGCAGGCAGCUUCCCGAUCAGCAGCUAUACACCGCAAUACUAUCGAGAGUUCCCAGAUUAUCGAGGUCCGAACUUAGUGAUGUACACGACCUCCUAACGAAAAGGGGGUUGGAAAGUUACAAUAUUAAGAAAGUAUGCGCCAAUAAUAACGCGCAAAAAUUCAGUUUAAACAUUUUUGUACUACUUUCCAUUAUUUUCAUUUCGCUAAUUAGACCAACGUAAAAAUAGUAUUCGUACAAAUUAUCCUAGUUAACUUUUUAAAGUGCGAAAAUAGGUAAGAGGUUCAAUUAACCUCAAUUAUCAUAACGAUGACUACACCUACGUUAUUUAACAUUUCAUCCAAUUCAUAAGUACAAACUGUUUUGUUAGUUGCAGUUAAAUAAUUAAUAGUAUAUAAUUAAGAUAUUCAAGGUACCAGAUAUAUGUGGUGCAUUCCUCAUUCAUAAAUAAGUACUGAUGUAAAUAUUCAUUCAGUUAUUCAAUGUAAAUAAAACAAAGCUGUUUAA